AUGUAAACUAAUUACCUAGUAGAGAACAUUAAAAUUUUCAAAUGAACCCAAAAACCUAAAACCCUAGCGAAAAAUCUGAGAAAGGGGUUUAGGAUCAGCAGAUGGAGGAGACAAUACUGACACUGGAUCAGGAUACUACUUGUACAGCUUGGAAUUAUAGUGGGCAAAGACUAGCUGCUGGCUCCAUCAAUGGGACAUUAGCCAUUUACGAUUCAAAGGAUCCAGCUUCUUCAUCCUUCACCUGCACUUCCAGAUUUAAGGUGCAAGAAACAAGCAUUCUGAAAAUUGUCUGGGUUCCUCCAGAGUUUGGAGACGCAGUUGCCUGCAUUUGCUCUGAUGGAAGUUAUUCAUUGUGGGAAGAAGUUGUGGAAGAUGCUGAUAUUCUCCAGUGGAAGCUGUGCAAACGCUUUGACAGGAACUCAAGUCGAGUUUUAGACAUUCAAUUUGGAGUCCUUGCCACAUGUUUGAAAUUGGUUGCUGCAUACUCAGAUGGUCAAGUGAAAAUCUUUGAUCUCCUUGAUCCCCUGGAUUUGAUAAAUUGGCAACUUCAGGCUGAAUUUCAGAAUGUCAUUGAAUCUACAUCCAAAUUUGGUAGACCUUUGUGCUUGUCUGCAGCAGUGUGUUGGAAUCCUCAAAGGGGUGAACUCCAGCAGUCAAGCUUUGUUUUGGGUUUCAAUUCAGAUAUUCCGCAACUCAAUUCCUCUAAGGUUUGGGAAUUUGAUCAGGAUCACCAGAGAUGGCUACCUGUUGCUGAAUUGGCUUUGCCAGAAGAUAAGGGUGAUCAAGUUUUUGCUGUUGAAUGGGCACCAAAUAUUGGAAGGCCAUAUGAAGUGAUAGCAGUUGCAACUUGCAAGGGAAUCUCGAUGUGGCAUGUCGGAUCAAACCAUGAUCCUAAUGGGAGGCUCUCCGUGGAGAGGGUUGCCUUGCUCUCAGGUCAUAACGGCGAGGUUUGGCAGAUGGAGUGGGACAUAAGCGGAAUGACAUUGGCCACCACCGGCAGCGAUGGAGUUGUCAAGUUAUGGCAAUCUAACCUAAAUGGGGUUUGGCAUGAGCAGGCUCUAUUUGAGCCAACCAGUUAGUUUGCUUCACUGUUAUAGAUGCAGAAUUUGGGUUUGUUCGUCCUCCUGACUCCUCUUGGAUUGUAAUUCUUGGAUUCGAAUUGGAUUGGGGGCACUUGUGCUAAUAUUUGACUGUAAAAUUGCAAGUGUAGUUUUCACGGCACUUACAUGUGGCUCCACAAGAUGGUAAUUACAAGAGCGAUGAUAAUUGCUUUAACCAGGCAACUGGAGAA